AUGUGCACACGCAAAUUGUUACUUGUCUGUAUGCUUGCUUUGUCCGUACACGCGGACAGACACAAACACACGCACACCCACGAACAUGGAUGCAUACAUGGCAGUCAGGGUCAUGGAACAGGUCCUAAAGACGGAUCUCCAAUAGUGGUGACUCCGUCGGGCACCUUCAAGGGUUCCAUGAUGUUGACGCGUCGCGGACGACCUUUCGAGGCAUACCGCGGCAUUCGGUACGCUGAACCUCCAGUUGGACCCCUACGAUUCCAGCCACCAAAGCUGAUUGAGAAGUACUCUGAGCUGGUGGAUGCGAGUCAGGAAGGACCGGCGUGCCCUCUGCCCGCGCCGCCCGAGUACUACGUGGACGAGGACUGUCUACGUAUCAAUGUGUACACGCCUAACCAUAACAGCUCGAAACUGUUGCCAGUCAUCUUCUACAUCCACGCGGGCGGAUUCUACUCCAUGACGGGUCGCAGUGACCUGGCCGGUCCACAUUACUUGCUGGACAGAGAUCUUGUGCUGGUCACCAUUAACUACCGUCUCGGUUCCCUUGGGUUCCUGAGCACUGGUGAUGAGCUGGCGCCGGGCAACAAUGGCUUUAAGGACCAGGUGGCGGCGCUGCGCUGGCUGCAUAGAAACAUCGCUGCAUUUGGGGGGGAUCCUGGACAAGUAACGAUAGCUGGUUGCAGCGCAGGCUCCAUAUCCGUCAUGUUGCAUAUGAUCUCGCCCAUGUCCAAAGGUCUGUUCCACCGCGGCAUAUCAAUGAGCGCGUCCCCCGUGGUGCCGGGGCAGAGUCCUCGUGAACUGUACCGUCUGGCUGUAAGACAAGCAGAGCUGGUGGGCUGCCCCUCCAACUCCUCGCGCGAGAUCGUCCAGUGUCUACGCACUAAGCCCUGGAAGGAGCUCGGUGACUCGCUAAUGGGAUUCUAUGAGUUCGGGUUCGAUCCCGUGGGCAUCUGGAUGCCGGUAGUGGAACGGGACUUCGGGCAGGAGCGCUUCCUGCACGUGGAACCUUCAGAUGCGAUACGUUCAGGCAACAUGCACGCCGUGCCGCACAUCAUCAGCCAGACGCAGGAUGAGUUCUUCUGGAAGGCGUUCACGGUCCUCAAGAAUGAGACGCUGUUGAAGCGGAUGAACGAGGAGUGGGAGCAGGUGGCGCCUAUCUCGCUGCAGGUACCGCGCGAGGGAGCCGGCCCGAAGGUGGCGCGCCUACGGGAAGCCUACCUGCGGGACCGCGUACUGCGGGAUGAUCAGCCCAGUGCUAAAGCUCUGGGCGAUCUGUACGGAGACGCCAUCAUUGGCUUCCCCGUGCACAGGAUGGCCAACCUGAUGUGCCGACACUCGCCCCAUCCGGUCUACUACUACGAGUUCGCGUACGUGGGCAACCACAGCCAUUACGAGGACCCAGACACCAAGAAGCCCACAGGCGCGGCUCACCACGACGAUCUGAUCUACUUGUUCACGCUGAGCUACCGCUUCCCAGCCAUCCCCACCGCUGGGCUGGACGCACAACUCGUGGACAAAAUGACCGCCAUUUGGUACAACUUCGCCAAGCACGGUGAUCCAAAUCCUCGCGACGACCUGGAUCUUCCCGAGCUGAGCGGCUUGAAGUGGCCCGCUAUGACUGCAGACAAGCGGAGCUAUUUACGCAUAGAUAAAGAAUUCUCUGUCAGAACCAACCUUAAAGAAGACAGAAUGAAAGUCUGGGAGGAGCUUUAUCCAAUGCAAUAUUAG